AGUAGUAUAGAUGGACACCCUGGGAGCUUCUGCUUAUGAAGAAUGGGAUUCUGUGGGCUUAUUUGCAUCCACUGAGGACCUUAUUGAUUUUACACCAUAUGUUCUGUGCCAGUACCCAUUUUCGCCAGAACACGACUUCCAAAUCCCAUAUUUUUCCAUAAAUCCUCAACUCAACACUGACUUUGCAGGAAUGAGUGGGAGCUCGCAUUAUCCUCUAGUCAUUCCUGACUCAAUCCUGCAAGCUGUUUCUCAAGAGAGCAGCUCUUUCACUGGCGAGAGCCAUGGUCAUGUUGCAUCUACAUGCCAGGGAAUCGGUUCCAAUAACCACAUGCUGGUAGCUAAUGAAAUCUCUCCCUACUUUGAUGAUUUCUCCGAUGCGUUCAACACGGAUGUUAGCAUCAGCAACUCCUUUGUGUCGGAGUUGAGUGGCACUCCAAUGGAAGAAGGUGCGUGUUUGAAAACAAUGCAUAGUGAAAGAAGAGGAAGCUUGGGUAAUAAUCAACCAGAAGAUGUCAGCAUGCUACUUAUGCAAUCGCAACUCAAAAGGAGGUCUUCUAGACUAGACAACAUUCAUGCUGGAGCAGGAAAUUCUAGUUGCAUUGAUGCGUUAGAGAAUACCAAGAAGAGGCCUCGCACUUCAAAAAAUCCGAGAGAGAAAAUUAAAGGUCCAAGGAAUGUGAAGAAGCUACUGUCUGAUGACACUGAUGGAGAUGAAAGUAAUAUUAGACCAAAUGGAUCUAGCACUUGCAGUUCGGAGGAUAGCGAUUCUGGAGAGCUCAGUGGAGAACUAACUCCGCCAUCCAAGACAUCUACAACACUUGCUGAAAAUGGGAACAGAGGGAAGAUCAAUGCUUCCAGGGGUUCAGCGACUGAUCCUCAAAGCCUCUAUGCAAGGAAACGUAGAGCAAGGAUUAAUGAACGACUGAGAAUUCUACAAAACCUGAUUCCUAAUGGAACUAAGGUGGACAUCAGCACAAUGCUUGAGGAGGCAGUUCACUACGUGAAAUUUUUGCAGCUGCAGAUUAAGGUGAGAAUAAACAAAAUUUGGAACGCACAAAUAGUUCAGAAAAUUCACAUAACAUGAAGUUAAUAUGUGCUUUUGUUCUCUUGGUUCAGCUCUUGAGCUCAGAUGCGAUGUGGAUGUAUGCUCCUCUUGCUUAUAACGGAAUGGAUCUCAAUCUGAGCCAAAUCAUUCUUCCUCAACUAUGACAGUGGAGUAUUUUCUCUCCUCCCAUUCCAAGGAAACUCCAGGAAGCGAAAGGAAUAUUUGACA